CCGGUACGAUCAGUCGUGGCCGGCGGUGCCGGAGGCCAAAGACUUUCGCGAGGGUGGACGCGCCGCGUUUUCUGCCGGACCUCUUUCGCUCUAUCUACACCUAUCUGUCCCCUCCUCUCCUCUCCUCGGCGCCGAUUUACGCCGCGACUGGUCUGGCCGCGCACGUAUGACCCUGCACCGCCACCGCGUGCACUUUCGCGGUCGGCUGCACCACCAUCAACGUCGAUCACGACACCGAUCGCCGUGUGAUAGAGAAGUCCCUAACCAUCCGUGACUUACCAUCGUCGCUGAUCCUCGCAGCCUCGUCGUCGCGUGUUACUUCGCGCGUACGUCGCGGUCACGGACAGAGGAUCGGAGGAACGAACGCGACAUCUGACUAACUACCGGUCGAUCGACGCGACCGCGACCACGACCACGUUCCACCACGACCGAGCGCCGGCACCGGUGUGACGUUCGAGGACCACCGGCUAAGUGCUCGUCGUUUAAGUUGCCUUCGACAAGGUUGACCAAGAGGUCCAAGAACGGGACAGGAUCCGAACGAUGCUGGCCAGCUGCCUAAUUUUUGUUGGUGCAGCCGCGGCGGUGACAUCCGCGGGUGGCCAUGGAUUCGACGCACAUUUACGUGGCCCAAGCUUCGUGAUCGAGCCACCGUCAAGGGUGGAAUUUUCGAAUUCGAGUGGCGCCUGGCUGGACUGUACCGCGACAGGAAGUCCCCCGCCCAACAUCGAUUGGUCGACCGCGGACGGACAUCCGGUGAACGACGUACCGGGAGUGCGGAGGGUGCUGAGGAACGGCACGUUGGUCCUUUUGCCGUUUCCGGCUGCCGCGUUCCGGCAGGAUGUGCACAGCGCGGCCUACAGAUGCGUGGCGAGCAAUUCCGUCGGUAGAGUGCUCAGCCGUGACGUGCAGGUCAGGGCAGUGGUAGCCCAAGCAUACAAAGUCGACGUGGAGGUGAUCGGAGGUGCAUCGAGGGGCUGCACCGCGGUGUUACGAUGUGUCGUUCCUAGUUUCGUGAAAGAUCUGGUGCGCGUGGUGUCCUGGUUGCAGGAACCAUCGUUCUACAUUUAUCCUUCUCUACAAGGAGAUGGGAAGUUUCACCUUUUACCAACCGGGGAACUUCUGGUCCACAGCCUGGAGUUCAGCGAUCAAAUACACGGCUACAGAUGUCGAACGAUGCAUCGUCUCACUAGACAAGUGGUAGUGAGUUCCGUGGCCAACGUAAGGAUAGCAGAUCACAGAGGGGUGAUGCCGCCGGUGAUUCUUGAAAACUCUGGCGUUGUUCACGUCGCGCAAGAUGAAUCAACGUCGUUAGUCUGCGUAGCACAGGCCUGUCCUACUCCUGAAUAUCGAUGGUACGCACAAACCGGUUCCGAGCCAAUGCUGGUACUCUCUGGACCAAGGACCAGAUUGCUCGGGUCUGUUCUGGCCCUCGAAGCUGUGACGUUAGAAGAUAGCGGUAUUUAUCGUUGUUCUGCGUCCAAUCCUGGUGGCGAAGCUAGCGCAGAAAUUCGGCUCAUCGUGACAGCCCCGCUACACAUCGAAGUGACGCCACCGUUGUUAAGCGUCCAUUUAGGAGGUAAUGCCGAAUUUAGAUGCGAGGUCAGCACGCAUCCACAAGCUGGACCACACUUUGUUACCUGGUACAAGGAUGGUCGCCAGCUGCCAGGCUCCGGCAGACAAUCAGAAUUAUUGAGGCUGAACGGUAUCAGCAGAGAAGAUCGUGGAAUGUAUCAGUGUAUCGUCAGACGAGCGGAGGGUGACACUGCACAAGCCUCAGCGGAACUACAAUUGGGCGACGCACCACCGAUGCUGCUUUAUUCGUUUAUCGAACAAACGUUGCAACCGGGCCCGGCUGUAUCCUUAAAGUGCUCCGCUGCUGGGAAUCCAACACCGCAGGUCUCCUGGGCCUUGGACGGCUUUCCUCUGCCAACCAACGGAAGGUUCGUUAUCGGUCAAUACGUGACAGUUCACGGCGAUGUUAUAUCGCACGUCAAUAUCAGUCAUGUGAUGGUGGAGGAUGGAGGAGAAUAUUCUUGCACAGCUGAAAAUCGAGCAGGGAAAGUCACUCACGCUGCACGCCUCAACGUUUACGGUCUUCCAUACAUUCGACUAAUUCCAAAGGUAACUGCCGUCGCCGGCGAAACUCUUCGCUUGAAGUGUCCAGUGGCUGGCUACCCGAUCGAGGAAAUCAAGUGGGAGCGGGCAAAUCGCGAAUUACCAGACGAUCUCCGGCAAAAAGUGCUUAAGGACGGCACUUUGGUCAUCACGAGCGUACAGAAGAAGGGCGACGCAGGGGUGUACACGUGUUCAGCAAGGAACAAACAAGGACACAACGCGAGAAGAUCUGGAGACGUCGCAGUGAUCGUACCCCCUAUUAUUGAGCCAUUUACGUUUCAAGAGGGACUAUCCGAGGGGAUGCGGACGCGGACGGUGUGCGGGGUCGCGGCGGGUGACCCACCCUUAACUAUAUCCUGGCUAAAAGACGGCCAAAGUCCUUUCCCUUUGCCGCCGAAUCUCGCCUCCGUCGCAAACAUCUCCCAACUGGAUCCUUAUUCGAGUCUCCUCAGUAUAACGAACCUCGCGGCCGAGCACUCCGGCGACUAUACCUGCGUCGCCGCGAACCCCGCCGCCGAGGUCAGGUACACGGCCAAGCUACAGGUAAAAGUACCUCCGCGAUGGAUCGUGGAACCAGCGGACGUGAGCGUCGAAAGAAACAAGCACGUCGCUUUGCACUGCCAAGCGCAGGGCGUGCCUACACCUACUAUCGUUUGGAAAAAGGCCACGGGAAGCAAAUCCGGUGAAUACGAGGAGUUGCGGGAAAGAGCGUACACGAAAAUCCUCAGUAAUGGUACGUUGCUGUUGCAACACGUGAAAGAAGACAGAGAAGGAUUUUACCUCUGUCAAGCGAGCAAUGGCAUUGGGAGUGGUAUCGGCAAAGUAGUUCAGCUAAAAGUAAACUCUUCCCCAUACUUCGCUGCACCAUCGAGGCUCGUCACCGUGAAGAAGGGUGACACAGCAACUUUGCAUUGCGAGGUACACGGCGACACACCGGUCUCCGUCACCUGGUUGAAAGGAGGAAAAAUUGAGUUAAAUCCCUCGACGAACUAUCGAGUUACGGUGAAACGAGAGGUAACACCGGAUGGUGUGAUUGCACAAUUACAAAUUUCUUCGGCGGAAGCCUCAGACAGUGGCGCGUACUUUUGUCAAGCAAGCAAUCUGUAUGGUCGUGAUCAACAGUUAGUGCAACUCCUCGUACAAGAGCCACCACAGCCGCCAAGUUCUUUAGAAACUGCCAUGGUUGCCAGCCGAAGCAUUAACGUUAAAUGGCAACAUAAAUCACAAGACACCAGUGAAGUGACUAAAUAUAUUCUCCAAUAUAAAGAAGGCGAUGCUGGAAUGUGGCAACAACAAGAAUUCACCGGGCCGCCUCUUUCGUAUGCAGCUCUAAUAGACGAAUUAAAACCGGCAACUAGAUACACUAUACGCGUAAUAGCCGAAGGACCAGCGGGUAGAUCAGUGCCCUCGGCAGAACUGAUUGUCAGAACCGAGCCACAAAGACCGGCUGGACCCCCGAUUAAUCUUGAAGCUAGGGCUCUGUCCUCCUCUGAAAUUUUAAUUACUUGGUCGCCACCACUGCCUGAACUCCGACACGGUGACAUUCAGGGAUUCAAUGUUGGCUACAGGGAAACAAGCUCGGCGAAUCCCUCGUAUAACUUCAGCUCUGUGUCCGGAGACGGAGAAGAAGGGGGUGCAGAACUUCGGCUAACAGGCCUUCGACCCUAUACAAAGUACACUUUAGUGGUUCAAGCGUAUAAUCAAGUUGGAUCUGGUCCACUUUCCGAACCUUUGUUCACACAGACAAUGGAAGAUGUGCCCAGUAUGCCACCCGAAGAUGUAAGAUGCGCUGCGUUAACUUCACAAUCACUUCAAGUAUCUUGGCAGCCACCACCUAAUACGCACAGCAAUGGUAUUAUUCAGGGAUACAAGUUACAUUAUGAACCUAUCCUGGCGGAUAUGUGGCGCAGUGUCGAUGAAAUGGAAGUUCGUAAGACUAACGUUUUAACCAUUAUUCUUACGGGUCUGAGGAAAUAUACAAAUUAUACCAUUCAAGUAUUAGCUUUUACAAGAGUUGGAGAUGGAGUACCUACAACAGUAACUUACUGCCAAACGGAAGAGGAUGUGCCAGGCAGUCCAGCGGAUAUAAAAGUGGUGGUAAGCUCACCGCAGGCACUUUUUAUUUCUUGGCUCCCACCCUUAGAACCAAAUGGAAUUAUUACAAAAUAUAAUCUGUAUACGAGGGUCGUAGAUGGCCGAGAGGAACUUAAUCACGGUAAAAGAACACUGCCAGCAACAAGCACUUAUUUCGAAGCGACUGAUUUACAACAACACGUAGAAUAUCAAUUUUGGGUGACUGGUAGCACCCGUGUAGGCGAAGGUCAAAGUUCCAGAGUAGCCGCACAGGUUCCAACAAAUCGUGUACCAGCGAGGAUUACGUCUUUUGGAGGCCACGUAGUGCGACCAUGGAGAGGAUCUGCUACGUUGGCUUGCAACGCAGUUGGCGACCCUACUAGAGAGUGGUAUAAAGGACAAUCCGAACAAAUUCGUACUGACACAACCAGAAACAUACAAAUUUUACCGUCUGGAGAACUCGUGCUGUCGAAUUUACAAUCACAAGAUGGUGGAAAUUAUACUUGUCAGGUGGAGAACGCUCAAGGCAGUGAUAAGUUACAUUAUACUUUGACUGCACAGGUACCGCCCAGUGCACCCGUUCUGUACGUAACGAGUUCCACAUCAAGCAGUAUUUUGUUGCACUGGAAACCUGGACACAAUGGUGGUGCUUCACUCACAGGCUACACGUUACAUUAUCGAACGACACAUGGAAAUUUAGACGAGUUGCAACUAUCUCGUCAUGCCACAAGUCACGAAUUAAAGGGUCUCCUAUGUGGUAACACAUAUCAAUUAUACUUGACAUCUCACAACAAAAUCGGGAGCAGUCCAUCGUCACCAGUCCUCUCGGUUCGAACACAGGGACAGGCACCAGGAAUACCACCAGCUGCAGCUUUUCUCAGUCCAAACUCGACCACAUUAGUCCUCCGACUUCACGUAUGGCCAGAUAAUGGCUGUCCGAUUCUUUUCUUCGUGAUUCAAUACAGACCCAUAAACGAAUUUCAUUGGACAUUAGUCUCAAACAGCGUGAAAAUGCAACGAAGAUUUGUGGUGACAAAUUUACAACCGAGUUCGGUUUACCAGCUGAAAGUUGAAGCCCACAAUGUAGCUGGCAACAAUCAAGCGGAGUUCACAUUCGUAACAUUGACAAAGGAAGGCGAACCGCCUCCUCCAGAACUGUCGAAACGUGGAAUUGCUUCGUCCGUACCAUUCUACGCUGAUGUGAAAGUGAUGCUGCCUCUGAUCGUGGCCACUGUUGCCUUAGUUGUCGCUGUGGUCAUCGUAGGUCUUCGCUGGCGAAACAGAUAUCUCGGAGACAGAAUGCAGCGUCCCAUGAAAGAGACCCAAGAGAAUCAACAGAAUGCCGAAACUCAAAGAGAGCGUUACUACGCGACGAUUCACAAGGUGGCUUUACAACAAGCGGCGAAUACGGGUGGAGGGCCCGACAAGAUUCCAGGUGAACCUUUGUUACGAUACGGACGACAGCCAGAGACAGCGGAGGACAUCUCGCCGUACGCUACGUUCCAGCUUUCGGAGGGUGGCGGGGGAAGCCUGGCAGGGUUGGGAGGGUUGGGAGGACUGGGAGGCGCGGCGGAAGCUUCAGCAGCCGGCCUCCACCCGAACAACACUCUGCUACACAGUUUCAUGUAUCACGAGCACGCCAUGACCGAAGGGUGCGCAAGCCCUCCACCUGCCGCGACGAGCAUGAAGAGCGUUUCUUCGAGGAGACGACAGCAGAGAAAGCAACAAACUCCGGGCGAUGUCGAGACCGACGAGAGCGAGUCUGACCCGGAUCAGUUGACGAGCUCUCGCACAGAGUCUUCCAACCAACUGGACGCGGGCAAACUCAAACACAUUCGGGCCGUUUCCGAUUUCAUUUAUCACGGUACGUCGAGCACUUCUUCAGACAUCUCGCCCAUGUCAGAGCAGAAGUCACUUCCUCGAAGAGGACGAUCUAGAUGGCAUGUUCCCAGCAGGAGCUCUCUACGCACAUUAUUACCGCCGAUAUCGGUCGCGGAGACCACAUUCGUCGGAGGCAAUCAGGGAAACGUAGUGCCAGGGAAUGGCGACCGUUCCGACAGGCCAGAACUCAGCGAAGCUGAGUGCGAUAUCGACUCCUUGAAGAAGCUGAAACUCGGUCUGAGGAGCUCCCUAUGGUCAAGGCCGAGUACCCAAAAUAAUCCUUCCUCCGAUUACUCUAUCGCCGUUUAAUUCGUUCCACUCUCUUCCUCUGUGUGCCUCCUCUACUUCCCGUUAUUGUCCGUGGUAGGCCAAGAUAUCUCUGUUCUCCCUCUCUUGAUCCCAUGGUCCAAAGAGUUAGAUAAAUGAAAAAAAAAAUCCUUUUAUCUGGUGUCUCGCCGGAUGUUUCGACGUGGUUAGAUUUAAAAUGAAAAAGAAAAAAAAAAGUUGAAAGAUAGGACUUGGUGACGCGUAAGUACGCGCGUCCGUUUCCCUUUUUCUCUCUGUCGAUUAUAGAUGAAAAUUAAAUUAUAUUCGUUGCUGGGAAUAUCGGCAGAUGAAUCGCUCAUAGAUAACGGAGAGAGGCUAAAUAAACGAAAUAUUAAAAUAAAUAUCGUGAAAUGAACUGUAUCACGUGCAUUGUUAACAAAAAUAAUUCGACUGACUCGUUAUCUCUCGUUAAUGGAACGUCGAACAAGUUAUACACUUUUUACCUUUCUCUUCUUUAUCUAUGACGCAACGAGAUAUUAUAUCCGUGCGUGCGUGUACGUAACGAGUGAAUGGUCAAGAAGUUGAAUGAGUUAAUCGCGUGUAAGAGUGCGUGCCAAACGACAAUUUGCUCAGACCGCUGCGACUCGUUUGCCGGCGGGCGACCCAUUCGAGACCAAAGACUUAAUCGUACGAACAGAGCACGGGAAAGUCCUUGGAGCACCAGCGAAUCGUGGGAAACGAUGGCAUCUUGUAUUCGUGGAAAUCUCGCGUUUCGAUCUUUCUUCGAACGAUGGACGAUCGGCUUUGAACGUUCGUGCGGUUGACCGAUUGGAUAUUCUAAUGGUAUAGACGAGUAGAAGUAAUUAUUAAUAGAAUAACGAUGACAAAGAAGCGGUACAACACAAUUGAAAAAACGUUUACUCGACGUCGAUUAAAUUGAUCAUUACGUAACUAAUUGUCACGAUCUAAACAACUUGUCUCCUCUCGAUGCACACCGGGAGCAUUUAUUUUGGUCACGCUGGCCUACGCUGUCCGUUCUACGAUUCUAGACAGGUCCGUCGUUAUUUUUUGCAACUACGUUCUGCGUUCGUUUUUCUAUCGACUUCUCCGGCGCAAUCGAUUCGAUCAUUAUACAAACUGCGACUCUUGAGUUUUAUGUUAUGUUUUGUAUAUAUGCGAAAUGUUUUAUUUUAUGAGUCACAGUAGAUGGUAUAUGUAUUUCUCUGUUUCUAAAAUAUUCUUUUUCAUCUAUUUACGACGCUUAAAAAUUCCUUAACACGGCUAUAUCAAAAAAUUGACUCAUCAUCCCGUACUAUCGUACCGAUUAACUUUAACUAACACUUUUCCUAAAUAUGAACCAAAUAUUAAAUUUCGCAAACGAUGAUUAACAUUAGAAAUUAGUCAUCUUGUUAUCUUUCACUGUGUUAGCUAAUCUCAUCAACUAUUUAUUCUAAUAUUGCAAAUUUUACUGAAUAAUAUGCUCCUCGAGCAACCACGAAUCUCAACAAACGGUUCAAAGCUCGUGUAACGUUCGUUACCGAAAGAAGCGAUUUUUUCAAUUCGUAAGACUGAUUUUCUUACUCUCCGUUCGAUUGCGAUUGUUCACGAGCUCGUAUUCGAUCUAAUUUCAACGAACGAAUCGCCAGACAUCGUUUUCCACGUUCUCGAUCCGUGCUCGCCUGUGUCCAGUUAAAUACGUGCGCGUGGUAUUAGAAUCGGAAUGAGAGUUAUUAACCGAGAAGAAACCCGAAAGAGAGUGCCGAUUCGGCGCGGUUUUACGCGAGCCAACGUAAAACUAUUCGUGGUACGUUUUAGAAGACAACAAUGAGACGCGUUUGUCCGUCUUCAAGACGGGCUCGUCGAAGGUUGGGCUCUGUUGCAUUGUAAAGUUUAUACGUACGUCUAAACACCGUUGAUUACUUUAAGUCCGUUAUUAAAUCCUAAGACUUCUAUGUAAGGCAUUAUUUCCGCGUGCGGGCGGACCGCACGCUCCUCUCCCGCUCUGUAAAUUUUUCGCCGUGCCGACAAAACGCUAGUCUAACAUCGACAGCGACCAUUUCGACUCUGGAUCGUUCGUCGAUUAAAUACAUCAACAUCUCUCUUCGAAUGUCGCGCACUUCGACCGAAAGACUCGCGAAUCGUACUCAAAUUAUAUUCGAGAUCCAAACGGUCGUUAUUUUCUGAUUAAAUAAUAAUCAAACUCGAAUUAACCCAUUAAGGUCCAACAUUGCAUUAACGCAAUAUGAUAAGUAAUAUUUUCCAUUUUUUUAAUUUUAUACACCCAAUCGUCAAUUAAUUUUAUAUUAUCAAAGCGUCUCUUUAGUUGGUUUUUUUUAGAUCAGAUACGUAUUCUUUUCAUCAGUUUGGAUAUUACAACAAUAUCGAUUAUCAGAACAUUAGUCUUUUUAGGAUAAUAUACAGGGUGUUUUGUUUAACUGGGGAUGGUAAAAUAUCUUACGUAACAUUACAAUAAAUUAUAUAUACAUAUAUAUCGUUUGGACUUUAAUGGGUUGGAUGGCGAGUACGAAAUAACAAAUUGCACGCGAAUACGUUCGUGUGGCAUCGACGAUGGCUCUUAAAUGAGCAAUCUGAAGAACCUGUUCUCACACAGAUUUCGAGGUUUUUUCGGUAACGGUUGAAAUAAAGAAAAAAAAAAGAAAGAA